CCUAAAAAAAAAAAAAAAAAAGUAUUAAUUUUGCAGUCUCAUUUCCUUGAAGUCCCUUCACUGUUGGGAAUAAGGACAAAGUGUUUUUUGCCUUGUGCUAUGCAGACCACAUUGUCUAAUUUCUAGGACCACCUCAUAGUCAUCGUAUGUAUAAUAGGCCAUUUUCUUGUCUUCCUCCCCCUUCAGUGCUGGAGAUUGAACACAGGACCUCCCACAUGGUAGGCAGGUGCUUACUGCUGUGCCACAUCCCUUUUUUUUUUUUUUUUAAGAUGGAAGCCAAAUCCUUUUUUUUUUUUUUGUAAAUGGAAGCCAUUGAGAAAGGAUUGCUUUUUCUAAGUUACACAAAGUUGCUGUGCGUGCUAACAGUGGAGUGGGGUGAGGGGAGGGUGCAAAUUCCACAGAUACUUGCUAAGCACCAUACUGUAGGGCAGGCCUUUAGCCUUGAGCCCCAUGAUAAACAAGCUGUGGUAAAAACUGCUUUGUCUAGAGGGGUGCCAAAGUAACACUGUCCAUGCAAUGUUACCAUGCAGUUAAUUGCUGCUUUUCAAAGGGACACUGGUGGGCCCUGCUGAGACACCAGAAAAGGCUUCUUGGAGUCAGUUUAUAAAUGAUCAAAAUUGGUGGGUGAAUUCCUCUGAUAUGGGACCUCUGAGCUCUGAGCUGGAUUCCUGGCUGGUAAACAGUUGGCUUAUGCUGUCGUGUGGAUAAGCCUCUUGCACCACAGCUCUGCCAGGGAGCAGCAUUCCUAAGAUCCCAGAGAGGUGCCUAGGUGGAAGGUGAAGCGGAGUAACCAUGGGCCUGUUACAAAGUAAGACUUUUUGGUGCCCACUGCCCUUCAACAGCUUCCAAAUGACAGGUUAUUUGUUCAGAGAGAAGUGGGGUUGGGUGUCUGGCAAGGAUUGAAAGGGCACCAAAGUUGGGAAUACUAAACCAGGCUCACUACCAAGUUCUGUUCCUCAUUCUGGGGAAGACUAUAAAGUUACAAGGCAAAAAUGACCCUCUGGGACCCAUGCCUUCUAGUCCUGCUUAUUGUUGAGUGCCAACUGAGAUAGGUUUGGGGAGGUUUAUAGAGAAAGAAGCUCUGCUUGUAUGCCCAAAGGAUUUGGCCUUGGAUAGAAAUUGGAACCCAAGCUUCCUGGAUGACACAGAGGGCAUGGCCUGCCAGGGUAGGCUUUAGAAGAGCAAAGACCCAAUUCAAGUAUCAGAGGAGGAUGAUUGGUUCCAAAUUUAGGCUUGGAGGUACAAGGAUGCUUAUCCAGGCAGCCAAGGACUGUAAAGCUGCAAGGAUUUCCUAGGCAGGUGCCUGCUUGGUUUCCAGGAUAGAACACACUUCAGUGGAGAAAUGGAACAGUAGUGACCAGCUGGAUCCCCCGCCCGGGUACGAGGGGGAGGGACAGCCCUGGGAGAAGGGCGGGGGGCGUGGCCAGGGGGACUUAAGGCGGAGCCCUGGCAUUCUGGCAGGGCCGGAGACCGGCAGUAGAAACGGGCUGGGCUGGCACUCACCCCGACCCCCCUUCACUGCUAUGGUAGCCCAUCAGUAGCAGGUUCCAGGCCUCCAGGGACAUGAGGGCAGAGUUGGCGGCAGCCAGGUGCGCAGAGCCGCGGGAGCUCUAGGGCGCUCGAGGGGGCAGCUCUGCCUGCUGCGCGCUCUGGUGCCUGUAGAGAUGUCGAACUGACAGGAGGACUAGUGAGGACAAGGACGCUCCCUUUUAGCUCAAGCCUGCUGCUCCCAUGGCACUGCCGGCGAGCCUCUUGCCCCUGUGCUGCUUGGCACUUCUGACACUGCCUGCCCAGAGCUGCGGACCCGGCCGCGGACCUGUCGGUCGGCGCCGCUAUGGGCGCAAGCAGCCUGUGCCACUGCUCUAUAAGCAAUUUGUGCCCAGCGUGCCCGAGCGGACCCUGGGCGCCAGUGGGCCAGCCGAGGGGAGGGUGGCAAGGGGCUCCGAGCGCUUCCGGGACCUGGUGCCCAACUACAACCCCGACAUCAUCUUCAAGGAUGAGGAGAACAGUGGUGCCGACCGCCUAAUGACAGAGCGUUGUAAGGAGCGGGUGAACGCACUGGCUAUUGCAGUGAUGAACAUGUGGCCCGGAGUGCGCCUCCGGGUGACCGAAGGCUGGGAUGAGGACGGCCACCACGCUCAGGACUCACUGCACUACGAAGGUCGUGCUUUGGACAUCACCACGUCUGAUCGCGAUCGCAAUAAGUAUGGGCUGCUGGCGCGCCUGGCAGUGGAAGCCGGCUUCGACUGGGUCUACUACGAGUCCCGGAACCAUGUCCACGUGUCAGUCAAAGCUGAUAACUCUCUGGCGGUCCGCGCGGGAGGCUGCUUUCCGGGAAACGCCACUGUGCGCCUGCGGAGCGGCGAGCGGAAGGGGCUGCGGGAACUGCACCGCGGGGACUGGGUCCUGGCCGCAGAUGCGGCUGGUCGCGUGGUGCCCACGCCAGUGCUGCUCUUCCUGGACCGAGACCUGCAGCGUCGGGCCUCAUUCGUAGCUGUGGAGACCGAGCGGCCUCCGCGCAAACUGUUGCUCACGCCCUGGCACCUAGUGUUUGCCGCUCGAGGGCCAGCGCCAGAGCCAGGCGACUUUGCACCAGUGUUCGCGCGCCGGUUACGCGCGGGGGACUCUGUGCUGGCGCCCGGCGGGGGCGCGCUUCGGCCAGCGCGAGUGGCCCGUGUGGCGCGGGAGGAAGCAGUGGGUGUGUUCGCGCCCCUUACGGCUCACGGGACCCUGCUGGUCAACGACGUUCUGGCCUCUUGCUACGCGGUCCUAGAGAGUCACCAGUGGGCGCACCGCGCCUUUGCUCCUUUGCGCCUGCUGCACGCGCUGGGGGCGCUGUUGCCUGGGGGCUCGGUCCAGCCGACUGGCAUGCACUGGUACUCUCGCCUCCUCUACCGCCUGGCGGAGGAGCUACUGGGCUGAGCGCCCCAGGCAUAGCGACCUUGGGGCGCUCGACAAAAACGGGUCCUGCUGGCUGAGAUCUGCAAUUGCAGGAAACAGGCGAAGCUGAUUGGGAGGGUGGGAGGGGAAAGGGAGGAAGGGGGCUGUUAGGAAACUGCCUGGUUUGGGACAACUUUCUACCGAACGGAAGCAGCUCCUGCGCCUUGGUAGAUGGAGUUGAUGGUGGGCACUCCGUAACUAGGACCGUUUAGCCUUUUCUUCCUCUGAGCGUGAGCCCCACUUGAUAGUUUUAUUUUAUUUUCUAUUUAUAAAUUGUAAUAUAAUGAGCUGGUUGCCCAGCAGCCAAGGUGAGGGUGCGGGGCACGGCGUUAACAGUGUCUGAUAGUUAGCCAAUCUGAUGUCUCAUGUUUUUCUGAGGUGGGCUAAUAAAGGGAAGGAUUCCAGGA